CCUCGUGGCUCUAGUUUAGGGGCUCACACGUGUGCUGCGUGCCCAAAGCUCUGUCCUCCAUCUACUUGUCCGUUAUCGACCAUGUCGCUGCAGCAAGAGGCUGAAACUCUGAGGCAAAAGACCAAUGAUCUCCUCGCAGGGGGGGGUAACCCGGCGGUUUUAACUCUUAGAGGCGUCAAUGCCGCGGCUGAUUGGUGUCCACCCCUAAAGAGUGCGACUAGCGCUGCACUUUUCAUCUUCGACGAAGUGAAAAAGUUCAAGGAGAACGCAAAGGAAUGGACUGAUUUCGGUGAAUACGUAGCGAGCGCCAUGACCAAGGUAUCUUCAGCCAUAAAGUCCGAUGAUGUGUCAGCGGAAGAGGCAAAGCCAUGGGUGGAAAGCGCCACAGAGCUUGAUGGGUAAGUCUGUAUCCGUUUUGGUGGUCCUCGAUAUCGUACUCACAU